AAAGAAUACAGAGACAGGAGAGAGAGGACCCAGUAGCAUUCCGGGUAACUCUAAGCUGCCCCUAACCUCCAAACCCUGAAAUACCAUUAUACUCCUCUGGUUUGGCUUAACCUCUUCCUUUUACAUUUUAUCAAAUAUAUCCGAUAUUAUCAAUAAAAACAAAAACUAUGUGCGAAUGAUAGUUGUUUUCUUCCACUGAAUCUUUAACCCAUUAGCUUUACUCUCUUCUUUCAUUUCCGUUCCCUUCAGUUCCGACUAAUGCUGCUACUGUUAUUUUUUGCUUCUUUGAAAUUACAGAGAGUUCAGAUCUGAGGGAAGCUGAGGUUAUUUUGGAGCAAUGGAAAUUGGAGACACCAAAUGUCUCUUGGGUUUUUUUUUAUUUUUAUUCCUCUGCCUUUGACUUAGUGUAGAAAUUUUCAUCAACCUGCUUUCUCCUUCUUUUGGGUUUUCUUUUAAGUACUUUUUUGGUUUAAGCUUUCUGGGAAGCUGUGGUGGUUGGGUCUCUCGCAUUCUGUUGUCGGCGUUUUGUUUCUUUAAAGACCACCAAAAGAGCCAAGAGCUUUCUGGGUUUUCUUCAAUUUCUAGCCAGGGAGAGAGAGAGAGAGAGGCGUAAAAAUGCUGGCGAUUGGUAUUGGGAGCCCUACAACCAUUAUGCGUAACGGCACUAAUUGCAAUGUUUUGCUCAAAGAGCUUCAGCAAAUAUGGAAUGACAUUGGUGAGAGUGAAGCAGAAAAAGACCGCAUGCUGCUGGAGUUGGAGAGGGAAUGCUUAGAAGUGUACAGGAGAAAGGUUGAGGAGGCUGCCAAUGCCAAGGCACGCCUCCAUCAUUCUGUUGCAGCCAAAGAAGCUGAGCUUGCAACUCUCAUGGCUGCUCUUGGGGAGCUAAAUCUUCAUUCACCGAUUCAGGCAGAGAGGUCGGCAUCGUUGAAAGAAAAACUUGCAUCUGUCACACCGCUGGUAGAGGAACUGAAAAUGAAGAAAGAAGAACGAAUGAAGCAAUUUGCAGAUACAAAGGCACAAAUUGAAAAGAUCAGUGGUGAGAUUUCUGGAUACAAUCAUUUCAACAAUGGCAUGAUCAGGACAUUAGAGCUGGAUGAGCAGGACUUUUCACAAAGAAAGCUCACUGAAUAUCAAACACAUCUUCACACUCUUCAAAAGGAGAAGUCUGACCGCCUCCAUAAAGUUUUGGAAAAUGUGAAUGAAGUGCAUUCUCUCUGCGGUGUGCUUGGCUUGGAUUUUGGGCAGACUGUGAGUGAUGUGCAUCCAAGCUUGCAUGGGACAAGCAUUGAACAGUCCACUAAUGUCAGCAAUAGCACAUUGGAAGGGCUAGAACAGGCCAUUGCCAAGUUGAAAAUAGAAAGGAAAGCUCGAAUAUUGAAGCUGAAAGAUAUUGUUGCAUCACUGCUUGAACUUUGGAACUUGAUGGACUCACCAAAGGAAGAGAAGAAUAGCUUUUCAAGGAUUACUUCCAUUCUUGGAUCAUUGGAGACAGAAAUUACAGAACCUGGUGUUCUCUCAACAGAGAUAAUUGAACAGGCAUCAGCGGAAGUGCAGAGGCUCACUAAACUGAAAGCAAGCAGAAUGAAGGAACUUGUUAUGAAAAAGAGAUUAGAGUUGGAGGAAAUUUGUAGAAUGACACAUAUAGAACCGGAUACAAGUACGGCUGCUGAGAAAUCGAGUGCACUGAUAGAUUCUGGUCUUGUGGAUCCUUCUGAACUUCUGGCAAAUAUUGAAGCACAGAUUGCCAGAACAAAACAGGAAGCUUUGAGUCGGAAAGAAAUAAUGGAUAGGAUCGAUCGAUGGCUUUCUGCCUGUGAAGAGGAAAAUUGGCUCGAGGACUAUAAUCAAGAUGAGAACCGUUACAAUGCAGGGAGGGGUGCUCACAUUAAUCUUAAACGUGCAGAACGAGCUCGAGUUGCCGUAAACAAAAUUCCAGCUAUGGUUGAGAAUCUGAUACAUAAAACUCUAGCCUGGGAAGAUGAAAAAAAUAUGUUUUUUCUUUAUGACGGGGUACGAUUGGUGUCGAUACUGGAGGAAUACAAACUCACCAGGCAGCAGAAAGAAGAGGAGAAGAAGAGACACAGAGACCAGAAGAAGCUCCAAGAUCUGCUUCUCACUGAGAAGGAAUCCAUUUAUGGGUCUAAACCUAGUCCGAGAAAAAGUAACAGCUUUAGAAAGCCAAAUGGGUAUCGUGCAAAUGGAAAUGGAUCCAUGACUCCAACACCUCGUCGUAACUCUGUUGGCAGUGGAACUCCAGAGCUUCUCACCCCCAGAUCCUACUCAGGGCGGCAAAAUGGAUAUUUUAAGGAAAUGAGAAGGUUGUCUACCGCACCACUGAAUUUUGUUGCGCUAUCGAAAGAAGACACGAUGUCUUAUGCAUCUGUUUGUGGCUCUGAGUUAGGGUCCCCUCGGUUAAAUUGAAACACCUGGAUAUUGGAACAGGUGCCUCUCCAUGAGCUAUGAAAGACUGUAUUAAGUAGUUAAAGCCAGUGGAAACUUUGUGAAUAUUAAAGGGAUUGUAACACUAGUGUAUGCUUGUGAUUUUUCAGAAGUAGUUUGGCAACAGUAACUGAUAAUUGAGGUGAAUUUGGAUGUCUUCUGGUUUGACGAACAUCAGCCUCUCGAAAGAGUGGUGAAACUGGUAGAUAGGUAUUUUGAAUUACUUGUAAACUUGAAGUCGUUCACCAAAAUAGGGAAAACAGAUAUGGUUGUUACGGUAGUAGUACUUACAUGGUUUUUUCUUUUUCUUUUUUUAAUUUAAUUUAAUUUUUAUGGA